AUGACUCAAGCUGCGACGCCGCCAGCGGGGCCGACUCGCACCGUCGGAUCCGUUUCCGCGGAUCGCGGGAGCGAAAGCAGGCGGCGGCGCGGGGAGAAUGAAGACCCUCUUCUCGAAUCGCUGCGUGAGAAGCGCAAGGUCGUGGUAUUGACUCUGGACGGCAGCCUUUCUACUUCUGCUAAUCAUGUGCAGUCGGACCGCGCCAACUCGAAGUCCGAGUCGGAGACGGCGGCGUUAACGUCGUCGAUGGCGCCGUGGAAUCUGGGCAUCCUGCCGCAGACGUGCGUGCUCGCGUCGCGAUCCAUGUCGAUGUUCUCCCGCGGGGAUGUGGCGACGAACGGCUCGAACGGCACCAAGGAGGACCCCGAGUCGCUCCGCGACUCUCUCUUACUAACGGCGUGCGAUAACGCGCCGCUGGAGGCGCUGGAGAUUGGAUCGCAGGCGCGCGAUCCUGGCGACGUGUACGACGUGCUUCCGCUGCUGGCGAUGCCCCUGCGACUGCUGGGAUCUGGGCGAAACAGCAUGCCAAUUUCGUGGAGGAUUGUAACCAUCGCAACGGAUGACAAGUUGGUGGCGAACGGGCAGCUGAAACAUUUCAAGCUGCGAAAAUUGUUGGAUCGCGUGGAAGACUGGGCGAAAACGUCGGAUUUUUUUGGAGAAAUUGAGGGACCAGCGCUUUCAUGUCAAUGCGUUCUUGGUCCUUCCUCCCGUCCUUCCCUCCCUCCUCCUUCCCUCCCUCCUCCUUCCCUCCCUCCUCCUUCCCUCCCUCCUCCUUCCCUCCCUCCUUCCUCCCUCCCUCCUUCCUCUCCUCCCUUCCUUUCCUCUCCUCACUCAUACACUCCUUUCUCAGUCCUGUCACUGUCCUUUCUCGAAGCAUAUCCUGGUUCAUAA